UGAUGUCCUUGCAUUGCCCAUUUUUAAGCAAGAAGAGUCAAGUUUGCCUCCUGAUAAUGAGAAUAAAAUCCUGCCUUUUCAAUAUGUGCUAUGUGCUGCAACCUCUCCAGCAGUUAAACUCCAUGAUGAAACCCUGACAUAUCUAAAUCAAGGACAGUCUUAUGAAAUUCGAAUGCUAGACAACAGGAAACUUGGAGAACUACCAGAAAUUAAUGGCAAAUUGGUAAAGAGUAUAUUCCGUGUAGUGUUCCAUGAUAGAAGGCUACAGUACACUGAACAUCAGCAGCUGGAGGGCUGGAGGUGGAACCGACCUGGAGAUAGAAUUCUUGACAUAGAUAUCCCAAUGUCUGUGGGUAUAAUCGAUCCUAGAGCUAAUCCAACCCAACUAAAUACAGUGGAGUUCCUGUGGGACCCUGCAAAGAGGACAUCUGUGUUUAUUCAGGUGCACUGUAUUAGCACGGAGUUCACUAUGAGGAAACAUGGUGGAGAAAAGGGGGUGCCAUUCCGAGUACAAAUUGAUACCUUCAAGGAGAAUGAGAAUGGGGAAUAUACUGAGCACUUACACUCAGCCAGCUGCCAGAUCAAAGUUUUCAAGCCUAAAGGUGCAGACAGAAAGCAAAAAACAGACAGGGAAAAAAUGGAGAAACGAACACCUCAUGAAAAGGAGAAAUACCAACCUUCCUAUGAGACAACUAUACUCACAGAGUGUUCUCCAUGGCCUGAGAUCACAUAUGUCAAUAAUUCCCCAUCACCUGGCUUCAACAGUUCCCACAGCAGUUUUUCUCUUGGGGAAGGAAAUGGUUCACCAAAUCACCAGCCAGAGCCUCCCCCUCCAGUCACAGAUAACCUCUUGCCAACAACCACACCUCAGGAAGCUCAACAGUGGUUGCAUCGAAACCGCUUUUCUACUUUCACAUGGCUUUUCACAAACUUCUCAGGAGCAGAUUUAUUGAAACUAACUAGAGAUGAUGUGAUCCAAAUCUGUGGCCCCGCAGAUGGAAUCAGACUUUUUAAUGCAUUAAAAGGCCGGAUGGUGCGUCCAAGGUUGACAAUUUAUGUUUGUCAGGAAUCCUUGCAGUUGAGGGAGCAGCAGCAGCAGCAGCAGCAGCAGCAACUGAAACAUGAGGACGGAGACUCAAAUGGUACUUUCUUCGUGUACCAUGCCAUCUAUCUAGAAGAACUGACAGCUGUUGAAUUGACAGAAAAAAUUGCUCAGCUUUUCAGCAUUUCCCCUCGCCAGAUCAGCCAGAUUUACAAGCAGGGGCCAACAGGAAUCCAUGUACUCAUCAGUGAUGAGAUGAUACAGAACUUUCAGGAAGAAGCAUGUUUUAUUCUGGACACAAUGAAAGCAGAAACCAGUGAUAGCUAUCAUAUCAUACUGAAGUAGGAGUGGGGCAUUCCAUGCCCAGUGGCUGCUGCUUUCUUCACUUUUUGAAAACUUCCUCUUGAAGGGGGAUGUGAAUGGAGAUUUGAAGGUCUGCAGGACCCUGACCCAUCUGACUGUGGGGGGGAGUUCAGGCCAUGGAAGCAGAAUCCCAGCCCUCUGUGUUGGCCCAAACUCUUGCGGCACACAUGGCUUACUGCCUAACAUGCAGUUCUGCAGCUAUUUCUUAGUUUAAAUUUCUGGACCCUAUUGUUGUUGAGUGUCAAUAGAAACUCCACAUUAUUUAGGGUGUAUGUAAGGCAUAAUGAUGAUGGGAACUGUGUGAUAUUUAAUGGGAAGAUGUUAAAUUUUGUGAUAUGGAGCCAUGUAAUUUUUUUCUAAUAUAAAAAUGAACAUCUAUAUUCAUAAGACUAGGUCCUCAAUCUCUUUUGUAUCAAACAUACUAGCAUUUCUGCUUUUUGCCACAAUUGGUCCCUGAAAACUUCAUCAAUGAGGAGAAAUAGAAUUUUUCUUUUGGUUACCCUGCAAUACUAUAACUAAUAGUAAUUUUAGCUCAAUGUUUAUUGAGCCAGGUAGUGUGAUAAAUUCUUUAAAUAGAUUAUCUUGUUUAAUUCUCUUAAUAACCGAUAUGAAGUAGGUCCUAUAGUGAUCCCUAACAGAAGAUGAGGAAAUGGAGACACAUUGUGGCUAAAUAGUUUUCUACCUAACAGGCAACUAGCAGGUAGAGAUGCUGAAAUCCAAACCCAGGUCAUCUGGCUCUUACUAUUCACCAUCCAGUACACCAGUGCAACUGUUUAUAACUUGUACUCACCAUUGUUUCUUACUGUGGCUUUUCUGGUGAAUAGAACAUAGCACUGAGUGUGAACUGAGGAAUUAAUCACUGAAAGAGACAAACUACACCUAAAUAAUGAACAAAUCAAGACCUACAAAAAAUGAAAACAUAAUGAAACAAAAUGAAACAGCUUUUUAAGUGUCAUCAGUUAUCGGAAUCACAGAAUUUGAGAUGGCGAAAACUUAAGAUUAUCUAUUACCCCCAAAAUUCCCUGUUGUUGAAUGACAUUCCCAAACUAUUUAUUAAUGAGUUAGGCCCGUCCCCACUUGCUGUUUCCCUUUCUCUUCAUCUUCUCUUGGUAUAGGAACUUCUUUUACUCAUGUAAUGCUCUUUUAUAUAAGCUUUAUAGGAAAUUUAUUCUUGUCCCAUUCACACUCAUAUGUUUUUGUUCUUCCUUAAGAAUGAUCGUGUGCGUGUGUGUAAGUGUGUAGCAUCAUGGGUCUUUUUCUCACAUGAAAAGUUUUAUCCAAAAAUCCCUUUACAGGUUAUGUUGAGGUGAACAAAGAUAAUGUUCCAAGAUUCUGUAUUGGGUGUGUGUGUGUGUGUGUGUGUGUGUGUGUGUACAGCAUUUGAUAAAGUUUAAAAGUUUUUUAUACAGAGAUUUUUGUUCAUUAAAAUUAACGUGCAACAUGUUCUAAUUUCUCUUGGUUUGAAACAAGUUGAAAUCCUUGAAACUGGAAAAUUAAGUCAAUGACUUGUUUAAAACUGACCUGGGCAACUUGACAUAUUAGGCCAAAAUGCUUUUUUUCAUAAAUGAUUACCAGAUGUCCUCAUUUGAGGAGACAUUUCUAAUUGUAUUAUUUUCCUAGAACUGGUUCUCAACUUCAGUGAAGUCAGUUCUCUCCUCAGCAGACUGAUUUUGGUUUUGAUUUUUUUUUCCCCCUGUUCUGUCUGGAUGUUAGGGCAGGAGGGCUGGACUAGGUGACUUUUAAGGUCCCUUCCAAAUCUGUGAGUGUGUGACUCUUGCUUACUGCAAAUGAUGCAUAAAAUUCUAUUAAUACAUACAUUGACUAUAAAUUAGACUUACUAAAUUUUACUUGCAGUCAGGGUUUUUAUUUAGAGUAGUUUUGAAAUUUAUGGAAGUGAAUUUAUACAACUUUGUAAUUAUAUAUUUUUAAAUUUACCAGAAAAUGUCUUAGGCUUUCUUUAACUUCGAAAACAAUUUGUUGUGUCAGUGCUAUAUAAUUGGUAAGAAUUGGUAUGGUGUAUUUAUUCAAUUGCUUUUAAAAAUUGCAUAUGUUCACUAUUGCAUAUGUUCACCUUUCAAUUAAAUGAAAAUUUUAAACCA